AUUUUUUAAUGGGAACCGACUUAGCACUUAGCUGAAAUAGAAAGUGAUUUCAGCACUGUUAAGAGGCAGGGACGAAUAGAAAUUCAAGAUCAUGCUAUUUAUGGGUGUCAUCAACGACCUCUAUAAUCCUUCUUUGGAAACCAAACCGCCCUCCUUAUUAUAAUAUUUUAAUAUAUGUAUCACAGGCACAGCUUGUGACUCUCUCACUCCCUUUGGAUCCAUGUCUUGGAGAUGUGUUACAUAAAAAUUAUUCUGAACCCAUCAAGAAAGUUUGUCUGUGAGUUUGUUUAUCUAUGAAAAAAAUACUACUACUAUUAGUACAGGUGGUCCCUGCUAAGUGCUGGGAUUGAAGGCAAAGCACAGACAGUGGAGGUGGUGAUCGAGAUGAUGUGGUUUUUUCCAUGAAAUGGGGUUGGGAUUUACUGGACACACUUUGGAUUCUCUAAUAAAACUUUCUCCAACCUGCUUUGUAUCUCAGUUUGAGCCAGACUGAUUCUCAGACAUCUGGGUUUUGUUUCCUGAAGCUUUAAAAAACGAGUUGGGGUGAGAAUGUCUUCUUCAAGGCCUAGCCAUUCAUCCAGCAAUUCAGGGCGCUCAAGACACAGUGCCAGGAUUAUUGCUCAGACCACUGUUGAUGCAAAGCUUCACGCAGAUUUUGAGUCAUCAGGUGAUUCUUUUGAUUACUCUAGCUCAGUGCGUGUUACCAGUGCAGUUACUGGGGAUCAACAACCCAGGUCUGACAAAGUAACCACAGCUUACCUCCAUCACAUACAGAAAGGCAAGCUGAUCCAGCCAUUUGGUUGCUUGCUAGCCUUAGAUGACAAAACUUUCAAGGUCAUUGCAUACAGUGAGAAUGCCCCUGAAAUGCUGACCAUGGUCAGUCAUGCAGUCCCAAGUGUUGGAGACCACCCAGUUCUUGGCAUUGGAACAGAUGUAAGGACUAUUUUCACUGCACCCAGUGCCUCUGCAUUGCAGAAGGCCCUAGGGUUUGCAGAUGUUUCUCUUUUGAAUCCCAUUUUAGUCCAUUGCAAGACAUCUGGGAAGCCCUUUUACGCAAUUGUGCAUCGGGUAACAGGUGGCUUGAUCAUUGAUUUUGAGCCAGUGAAGCCUUAUGAAGUCCCCAUGACGGCUGCUGGUGCCCUGCAAUCAUACAAGCUUGCAGCCAAAGCAAUUACCCGAUUGCAGUCUUUGCCUAGUGGUAGCAUGGAAAGGCUUUGUGAUACAAUGGUUCAGGAGGUUUUUGAGCUCACAGGUUAUGACAGGGUGAUGGCAUAUAAAUUUCAUGAUGAUGAUCAUGGUGAAGUGGUCUCUGAGAUUACAAAGCCAGGACUAGAGCCAUAUCUGGGUUUGCAUUAUCCAGCCACUGAUAUCCCUCAGGCUGCUCGUUUCUUAUUUAUGAAGAAUAAGGUCCGUCUGAUUGUUGAUUGUCACGCCAGAAAUGUGAAGGUGCUUCAAGAUGAGAAGCUUCCAUUUGAUCUGACAUUGUGUGGUUCAACCUUAAGGGCUCCACACAGUUGCCAUUUACAGUACAUGGAGAAUAUGAAUUCCAUUGCUUCUCUGGUUAUGGCAGUUGUAGUCAAUGAGGGGGAUGAAGAAGGGGACAACUCUAACUCUGUGCAGCCACAAAAGAGAAAGAGACUUUGGGGUUUAGUAGUAUGCCAUAACACAACUCCAAGGUUUGUUCCAUUCCCUCUUAGGUAUGCUUGUGAGUUCCUAGCCCAAGUAUUUGCCAUUCAUGUGAAUAAGGAAUUAGAGUUGGAAAAUCAAAUUGUUGAGAAGAACAUAUUACGUACCCAAACACUCUUGUGCGAUUUGCUGAUGCGAGAUGCACCCUUGGGAAUUGUUUCACAAAGCCCAAAUAUAAUGGAUCUCGUGAAGUGUAAUGGUGCUGUCCUAUUAUACAAGAAUAAGAUAUGGAGACUGGGAGUUACUCCAAGUGAUUUCCAGCUGCAUGACAUAGCAUCAUGGCUCGAGAAGUACCAUAUGGAUUCUACAGGUUUGAGUACAGAUAGUCUGUAUGAUGCGGGGUUCCCAGGGGCUCUUGCGCUUGGUGAUGAAGUAUGUGGAAUGGCAGCUGUGAGGAUAACUUCCAAGGACAUGAUAUUCUGGUUUCGCUCCCACACUGCUGCUGAAAUUCAAUGGGGUGGUGCAAAGCAUGAACCUGGUGAGAAGGAUGACGGUAGGAGGAUGCACCCGAGAUCUUCAUUCAAGGCUUUCCUUGAUGUUGUCAAGACAAGGAGUUUACCCUGGAAGGACUAUGAAAUGGAUGCAAUCCAUUCUUUGCAGCUUAUCUUGAGGAAUGCAUUUAAAGAUGUUGAAGCAACGGGUACAAGUAACAAUGCAAUUAACAUGAAGCUUAGUGACCUCAAAAUUGAAGGGAUGCAAGAACUGGAAGCAGUGACAAGUGAGAUGGUCCGUUUAAUUGAAACAGCCACAGUGCCAAUUCUGGCAGUAGAUGUUGAUGGGCUGAUAAAUGGGUGGAAUACAAAGAUUGCAGAAUUAACUGGUCUUGCUGUUGAUAAGGCAAUUGGAAAUCUUUUUCUCACACUUGUAGAAGAUUCUUCAACUGAUAUGGUCAAAAGGAUGUUGUCCUUGGCACUGCAGGGAAAAGAAGAGCAGAACAUCCAAUUUGAGAUCAAAACACAUGGGUCUAAGAGUGAUUCUGGUCCCAUCAGCUUAGUUGUGAAUGCAUGUGCAAGUAGGGAUCUUCGAGAUAAUGUUGUGGGGGUUUGUUUUGUGGCCCAGGACAUCACUGGUCAGAAGAUAGUCAUGGAUAAGUUCACCAGGAUUGAAGGCGAUUACAAAGCUAUUGUACAAAAUCCAAAUCCAUUGAUUCCUCCAAUAUUUGGUACGGAUGAAUUUGGGUGGUGCUGUGAGUGGAAUCCAGCAAUGACAGUGGUAAGUGGGUGGACACGAGAGGAAGUGAUAGAUAAAAUGCUCUUGGGGGAGGUUUUUGGGACACACACAUCUUGCUGUCGUCUCAAGAAUCAGGAAGCUUUUGUAAAUCUUGGAGUUGUACUUAAUAAUGUAAUGACUGGUCAGGAAUCUGAGAAGGUCACUUUCGGUUUCUUUGCUCGGAGUGGAAAGUAUGUGGAGUGCCUGCUAUGUGUGAGUAAGAAAUUGGACAGAGAGGGUGCAGUCACUGGGGUCUUUUGCUUCUUGCAGCUUGCUAGCCAGGAGCUGCAACAAGCACUUCAUAUACAGCGUUUAUCUGAGCAAACUGCCAUGAAGAGAUUGAAAGCAUUGGCUUAUAUAAAAAGGCAGAUACGAAAUCCUUUAUCUGGGAUUAUAUUUUCUCGGAAAAUGAUGGAAGGUACUGAGUUAGGAGUUGAACAAAAACAGCUUCUGCAUACUAGUGUCCAGUGCCAGCACCAGAUCAGCAAGGUUAUUGAUGACUCAGAUCUUGAUAGCAUCAUUGAUGGCUACUUGGAUCUCGAAAUGGUUGAAUUUACACUGCAUGAAAUAUUGGUUGCCUCUAUAAGUCAAGUCAUGACAAAGAGCAGUGACAAGGGAAUCCUAAUGGUCAAUGAUGUGGCAGAGGAGAUUGUGAAUGAAACCUUAUAUGGUGAUAGUAUUAGGCUUCAACAGGUCUUAGCUGAUUUCUUGUUGAUAUCAGUAAAUUAUGCAGCAACUGGAGGCCAGCUUAAUGUUGCAGCCAGUUUGACCAAGGAUCAACUGGGGCAAUCUGUUCAUCUUGCACGUCUUGAGCUCAGGAUUUCACAUUCAGGUGGAGGGGUGCCAGAAGCAUUGCUGAACCAGAUGUUUGGAACUGAUGGAGAUCCAUCUGAGGAGGGAAUCAGCCUGUUCAUUAGCAGAAAGCUAUUAAAGCUCAUGAAUGGAGAUGUACGGUAUCUAAGGGAAGCAGGAAAAUCAACCUUCAUCAUAUCUGUUGAACUUGCUGCCACACAUAAGUAGCAGGCCUAAAAGAUUUUCAAAGAAAAAUGUUGCGCAAUCUAUUUAUUACCGUUUGAGAGGAACAGAAGCUCAAAGCUGUAUUUCACUUGCAAUGUAAUUUUCCUUUAUUUAUGUCUCUUGUUGACAUUUUUGUGUUGGUUUAACCUGUAAAUAAGCAAGUUUGCAAUGUUUUCUAA